AUUUUUUUCCGUCAUUUUUUUUCUUUCUUUCUUUUGUUUCCUUCUUCUUCUUUUUUACCUUAAUGUGUAGCCAAAGCACUGGCUUGCUUAUCUUGAACUGGAGCUCAAGUACUCGAAUUUCAAUGAAGUGGAAGCAUUAUUUACACGUUGUCUUAAAACCGUCUUAUCGGUCGAUCUCUGGAAAUUUUAUCUUGGUUAUAUUCGUCGUAUUAAUUUGGGUGAAAGCGGGUCUGCCGUCACCCCAGAAGCAAGAGCCAUCAUUGAAAAAGCAUACGAGUAUGUCUUGAGUAAUGUUGGUAUUGAUAAAGACGCAGGUCCUAUCUGGGCUGAUUAUAUUUACUUUUUGAAAUCCGCAGAGACUUCAAAUACAUGGGAAGAACAACGAAAGAUGGAUUCCAUGCGUCGUGCUUAUCAAAAAGCAGUAACAAUUCCCUUGAAUAACGUAGAACAUCUUUGGAAAGAGUAUGAUCAAUGGGAGAACAAUUUGAACCGUUUAACAGCAAAGAAAUUUUUGGGAGAAAAGUCGUCUGCUUAUAUGACAGCUCGUACAGCAUUACGAGAGAUGCGAUUAUUCACGGAUAAUAUCAAUACCAACAUGGUACCUUUACCUCCUCAUUGGACCCCUCAAGAAUUAAAUCAAUUAGAAUUAUGGAAGAAUUAUAUUCAAUGGGAAAAGGGAGAUCCUUUACAGCUGGAAGAUGAAGCUGCCGUACUAGAUCGCGUUGCUUAUACCUAUCAACAAGCUUUCCUUGUCUUGAGAUUCUAUCCAGAGAUCUGGUACAGUUUUGCAACCUAUUAUCAAGAAAUGAAUAAACCCGAAAAGGCCCUAAGCAUUUUAAAACAAGGCAUUGAAAUCAUGCCCACCAGUUUGUUAUUAAAUUUUGCAUAUGCUGAAUUAUGUGAGUCAAGGAGACAAUUGGAUGAUGCGCGACAAGCAUUCGAUUCGUUGAUUUUGAAUUUAGAUCAAGAUAUAGAGAAUUUAAAACAAACUGCACAACAGGAAAUCGCUAAAUUACAACAUGAAGCUGAGGAAGAAAGAGCUUCCAUGAAUUUGACGGAUGAUAUUGAUGGUGAAGUAAGAGAACAAUUACGUGGUCGUGAAAAGAACGUCAAAAAGAUUCAAGAAGAAAUAGAGUCCAAAUUAAAUGAUCAAGUGAAUGUCAUUGCUCGUGCUACUUCUUUGGUCUGGAUUUGUUACAUGCGUUUUGCUCGUCGCACUGACGGUAUCAAAAGUGCCCGUGCAUUAUUCUCUAGAGCUCGUAAAGCUACCAAUUGUACAUACCAUGUCUAUGUGUCUGACGCAUUAAUGGAAUAUCACAACUCCAAGGAUUCCAAUGUUGCAGGUAAAGUCUUUAGUCUUGGCCAAAAGACAUUUGCGGAUAAUCCUGAUUUUGUAUGUCAAUAUCUGGACUUUUUGAUCCAAAUGAACGAUGACAACAACACACGAGCCUUGUUCGAAAGAACCUUGGCUACCAUGCCAGCAGAGAAAGCAGGUCCUAUUUGGCUCAAGUUUUUAGAUUAUGAGAAUAAAUAUGGAGAUUUAGCGAGUGUUCAAAAUGUUGAGAAGAGACGUAUUGAGGCGAUGGCUAAUGCUACGGUUGCCAAUCCAAUGGAAUCUUUCCUUAUUAGACAGAGUUACUUAGACAUUCAUAAUAUUGAAGAACAAGAAUUAGGUAGUUUGGCUCGUCAACAAUUAUUAGCCGAUAAACAUGCUGCUGCUUUAGCCAAUGUCAGUGCCUUAUCCAAUCCCAAUCAUGAUUCCAAUCAACAACAACAACAACAACAACAGCAACAGCAACAACAACAGCACAUACAGCAGCAACAACAACAGCAUGCACAAUCUCAACAACAUAAUAAAGAUCACCAGAAAAGACCUCUUUUAGAACCCGUCCAUCCUGAAAGAUAUCCUAGACCUGAUUUAAAUCAAUGGCAAGCAUUUAAACCUACUGCCGAAUUAAAUCGUCGCACGACAACAACAAGUGUAACCGCUACUGUAGCCGCUAUUGUGCCUAAUUCACCCGUGGUACCUACACCUGUUCCCGUCAUUCCCAAGAUUGAGUCUAUUCUUGAACAACAACAACAACAACAGCAACAACAACAACAACAACAGCAGCAACAACAGCAAUUACAGCAGCAACAAUUACAGCAGCAACAACAGCAACAACAGCAACAACAGCAACAGCAACAGCAACAACAACAACAACAACAACAACAACAACAACAACAACAGCCUGUGAUUUUACCUCCAGUGAAUAAUAGCUGGAAUAAUAAUACAAAUGUAGUCAUUCCUCAACAACCUGCCCCACUUCCUGAUGCAGUUGCUUAUUUUGUUUCGAAUUUGCCUCCUGCACAAACAUUCAAUGGUCCCAUGAUCCAGCCUGGUGAAUUAGUUGAUUUAUUACGUAAUAUCAUCAUACCCUUACCUCCUCAAGGAUCUGUUCCUCCUCAACCUGUGCGCUCGAUAAACCAAUCGAAUAAUAAACCUCCCAUGCAAUCCGGUGGCCCAAUGAGAGGCUAUGGUGCAAGUCGUGGUGGAGGAGGUGGUGGAGGAGGAGGAGGUGGAGGAGGAGGAGGAGGAAAUAAUAGUGGACGUGGAGGUUUUAAAUCAAGAGGUAAUAUGCCAAUGCGUGGAGGUGGUAAAUCGAAUAUGAAGCGUCGUGCUAGGGAUGAUUACGAUGAUGACUAUAAUUCUCACAAAGGUAUGGGUCCCAAUAGACCACCAGAUUUUGAUCUGUUCAGACAAAGACAAGCAAAAAGACAUAGAGAUGAUCCUCCUUAUUAAAAAAAUAAAAAUAUAUUUCAAUAAACACUACAAAUGAUUAAUAAUCACUUUCUUUUUU